GUUCCUAAAUUCAACUGUAGGGGUGGGGCCAGGAGCACUCACCCCACAGCCAGCCUCAAGCUUCGGAGGCAGAAUAUGGGUGGCAUCGCAGCACAACUCUGAGCCAAUCCUGAGGACCUCGCAUUGGGAUUCUCCCGGAGGAGUUCUUUUGCCAUGGCACCGCCCCCGCCACUUCCGCUGGGGACCCGGAAGUUCCUACCCAACGUCGGAAGUCCCGCGGCCUUGCGGCCUCAGAUUCUUCCCCCACCCCGAGGCAGAGAAAAGGGCUUGCUUGUGAACCCCUGUGGGCGCCGGCUCGGCUCUCCUUGCGCUUCAGAGCCGUGUCCUCCCAGGAGCACCGUCCUUCCAGACGCCAAAGCCGGAAGCUCCGGUCGCGGCUGCGCCAGGAGAGCGCCGAUCCGGGUGCGAGGUCAGUGCGGGACCAUGAACGGGACCGCGAACCCGCUGCUGGACCGCGAGGAACAUUGCCUGCGGCUUGGGGAGAGCUUCGAGAAGCGGCCGCGGGCCUCCUUCCACACGAUUCGUUAUGAUUUUAAACCAGCAUCUAUAGACACUUCCUGUGAAGGAGAGCUUCAAGUUGGCAAAGGAGAUGAAGUCACAAUUACUCUGCCACAUAUCCCUGGAUCCACGCCACCCAUGACUGUGUUCAAGGGGAACAAACGGCCUUACCAGAAAGACUGUGUGCUUAUUAUUAAUCAUGACACUGGUGAAUAUGUACUGGAAAAACUCAGUAGCAGCAUUCAGGUGAAGAAAACAAGAGCUGAGGGGAGCAGUAAAAUCCAGGCCCGAAUGGAACAGCAGCCCACUCGUCCUCCACAGACGUCACAGCCGCUGCCACCUCCACCACCUAUGCCAUUCAGAGCUCCAACAAAGCCUCCAGUUGGACCCAAAACUUCUCCCUUGAAAGAUAACCCCUCACCUGAACCUCAGUUGGAUGAUAUCAAAAGAGAGCUGAGGGCUGAAGUUGACAUUAUUGAACAGAUGAGCAGCAGCAGCGGGAGCAGCUCUUCAGACUCUGAGAGCUCUUCGGGAAGUGAUGACGACAGCUCCAGCAGUGGAGGCGAGGACAAUGGCCCAGCGUCUCCUCCACAGCCUUCACACCAGCAGCCCUACAACAGUAGGCCUGCUGUUGCCAACGGAACCAGCCGGCCACAAGGAAGCAACCAGCUCAUGAACACCCUCAGAAAUGACUUGCAGUUGAGUGAGUCUGGCAGUGACAGUGAUGACUAGUGCUGGAUCCUUCAAAAUCUACUUUUUGGUGCACAAACAUGCCGCAAGACCGGGCUACUUUGGCGUGGAGUCCAUUGCCAAGAGGAAAAUGUUAUGGAUCAGUGACUGUAGUAGGAGUUUGAGGCUCUGGAGCUCUCACAUAUUCAAGUCUUUAACUUAGUGGUGAUGGGUGAUUUUCUCGUGUCAUUUUUGAACAAUCUCAUCUUUCAAAGUUUAAAUAGACCUGUAGAAGAGCUAACAAUUAUAUUUCUAUUUAGUUAACAUUGUUAAUGAAAAACAAGACAAAUGAUGUGCCCUGGUCUAGGUUACUCAAAGGCCGUAUCUUCACCAGGCCAGGGAUUCAGUUUUAAACCUCAGCAGCCAUCAGUUUGGCCAAGUGGUUGGCACCAAUGUCAUGAAAGUCUAUGAGGGCUAGGAGAGAGAGGGAAAACCUCAAACCACAUCAUAGAAACAUAUAUGUUAAAACCGCUUUAAAUUGUUGACACAAAGUGGUAAGGAAAUUUUGUCUGAAUCAGCCUGACAAGCCUGGAUAGAAAUGGAUCUGAGAAUUCAGAAUGGAGUCCUUGAGUGUCAGCUGGUCAGGACCAUCAUUUACAGACUAAGAAAGGGAAGUACACACCGGCUUGUGGCCAGUCUCCUGCCCCCUCUCUGGGCUUUCCUCACUCUUUCCCUUGAAUCUCAUUUGUAGGAAUCAAGAGAUUUCUGUACAUAGGACUUGUAGAUGUACAUUGGCAUGCUGAUUAGAUUCUAAAAGACAGAAGUGUUGGGUGCUUCUAGCUUGAAUUCAGAUCCGGGCAGUCCCACAUGAGACUGGGUGAGCAGAUGAAACUGGUAGCCACUGUGCCGAUGCAUGUGACUCCGUUCAGUUCAGGCUUUUGGUUCCAUGUGGAUCCAUACUAAGGAUUCUUCAGUCAGUGGAUUUUAGCAGGGGGAGGUAGCGCAAGAGAGGUGUGACCUCUCUGAACAAAUGAACCAGCAGUAAGUUUCUAAAAAUCAGAAUCUAGAUAGGAGUUCUGCAAUAUGAAAUGAGCACAUUCUUUGAUAAGGCAUUUCUGUUCAUGCUUUUAUACCACUGUUUGUACCUGACUCCCUGACUGAUUUGUAUUUUUUAUAUACAACUAGAAGAAAGUCACAAGAUUGUCUUCUAUGGUGUGCCGUUUCCAAAUGAAUCUGUUAUUGCAGGAAACUGGUCGCUAGUAAAUGUUCUAUAUUUGGUGAAUGUGUGAUAAAUCAUCCUGUAAUCAGUAUGGAGUCCCCUCUUUCUGUAGUUUGGAUGAAUAUGUCCUGAGAAAUUUUCAUCCACUUUGGUUCAGCGGACAUCAAGAUAGUAAUAAUAGUUUUUCCUCCAUAGGUCCCUCCACUCAGAUGGCCUCUCCCUUCCCUGCUAGUGGAGGGAAGCAGUCUGGACUUAGAAGGGAAAUAGGUGGUCUGUGGUGGGGGCUUUGAUUACAAUUAUACCUCAUAGAGUCAACUGUUGCAUCAUCAUAGUGAGCCCAGGGAGCUGUUGCCCAGCAGCAUUCUCAUACCAUCUAUCCUAGUGUAGGUAACAGGUCUACGCUACGACCCCAUGCCAGGUUCUCAGCCCAUCAUGAGAUUUUUGUGGAUUUAAUAGCAGGUAGGAACUUAUUUCAGUGUAUUGGUAAUUGCUUUAUAAUUCCUUGGUAAUGACAGCUCAGGGAAGGUUUUACAAGGUCAUGAUUAGGAGACUUGAAUUGUUACUGGAUAUAGGAAUUGUUUCACUGCUCUUAACUUGCUCAAACUGGGGCAGGUUCCAGGAACCUGAACUGAAAAUACCUAGUUAAAGCUCUCUGUCUUUUUUCCCUGCCUAUUCUCUGAAAGCCAUGAUUUCUAUAGACAGACUGUGGUGUUUGGCAUGUUGGGUCAAGACGUGUUUCUAUAGGAAAUGCUUGCAUGUGGCACUGGCUUGGUGAGUCAAGCUUCCUGAGCUUCAGACCCUCAGGUCCUGCCAUCUGUCCUGCCCAACACUGUAUGGUUUUUCUCUAGCAUGGCUUCAGUUUUAUUCUCUGCACAAAGCCUUUGGUGGUUCUGUCCCUCUGCCCCCUAGCUGUAUCCAUCAGAGUAAGAAUCUUUUCUUUUCAGAAGUCAAGAAUUUGGCUUCACAGAUGGCUUCUCACAGAUGCCCUCCUGCCAGUCAAACCAGACUUGUUCUUCCUGCCUCUGUGCCUUCUCUCAUUCUCCCUCUCUCCCGCUCCGAGCCCCUGUUCUGAGGCUCUGUGGAGUGCCCUGUGUGUACAUACUGACUUUUUUUUUUUUUUCUUUUUUUUUUUCUUGAACUCUGGUUAGUAUGAGCUCCUUAAAAGCAGGAACUGGGCUGGGUGUGGUGACUCAUGCCUGUAAUCCCAACACUUUGGGAGGCUGAGGUGGGAGGAUUGCUUGAGUCCAGGAGUUUGAGAACAGUCUGGGCAAUGUGGUGAGACCCCAUUUCAGCAAAAAGAAAAAAAACAGCAGGGACUAUUAUCUCUUCUCUGGGGUAGCCACAGGAAUGGGCAUUCAAAUGAUUGUAGCCUGUGGGGGGAGGGAGAAGGCAGAGAAAACUACUCAGCCAGUGAAGUGCAGAGGAUAGACAUAAGAAAGCAUUCCAGGCACUUGGAGACAGCUGAAAGUAUCCAUGCUGACUUACAUGAGUUAGAAGUCUUUAACUGAAUUGUUAAAAUUGCCUUUUCUUUGCGCUGUACAAUGUGUACUGUACUG